AUGGUCAAGUUUGGGAUCAAGCGUGACAAGCCCCGCCCGGCGGCGCGCUGCGCGUCGCAGCGCCGCGCAGCCGACAGACACGCAGAAGAGGUCCAGACCCUCAAGGGGCAGCUGCAGCAGGCACGUCGCUGCGCGGCGGACGCCGACCUUGGUGCGUCCGCGACCGCUGAGCAGGUGGAGCGGCUGCGCUCCGAGCUGAGCGCCAGCGAGGCGGCGCGGCGCGCGGGGCUGUCCCAAGCAGCGCUCGAGCUCGACGCGGCGCGGCGCGCGGGGCUCUCGGCGCUCGACGACAUCAGAUUGCAAAUGGAAGCCCUGAGGGACCGCCAGUGGGAGGCGCUGCUUUCAGAGGAGCGCCGCCACGCGGGCGAGGAGGACCGCCUGCGCGCAGACCGCGACCACGCGCGGCGCUCCGCGCAAGCCGCGGCGCUGCAGGCGGCGGCCGCUGAGCGGCGCGCUGAGCUGGCAGACGAGCACGCGCGGCACCUGCUGCACGAGCUGGGCGCGGCGGAGGCGGCGCGCGGGCGUGCGGAGGCGGAUGCCGAGGACGCUCUCCUGCAGAGCGCCGCGCGGGCUCACGAGGCCGAGGCCGCGGCCGGCGCCACGCGCAAGGAGGCCGAGAGACUGAGCUCGCGCGCGGCGGCUGCAAUGCACAUCCUAGGACGGGUGGAGAGCGGCCUCGCCGGCCACGCGGGGCGGGCACUGGCGCUCUGCGAGCGGCUGGCAAGCAGCUGCAGGUCCCUACGGGCGCAGCUGCGCGGCGCAGCGGCGAGGGAGUGUAUAUUGAGGGCUGAGCUGGCCGGCUGCCGUGCCGCGGCUGGCAACAAUGGUAGCGACCGCCAAACAGGGGUUCUUAUUCAGGCGGGGUUGAUGCGUGAGUCUGAGCUGGCAGACGAGCGGGCGCUGCAAAUCGCGGCAGAGUGUGAGGGGGGUGCAGAUCUCGUGCAGGUGGGCGAGGCUGAUGCUGAGUCAGAGCAACAGCGUCGUGCGCAGGAGGAGGAGGAGGAGGCGGACGGCCCCCUGGCCAGCAAUGCACCAGACGCGCCGGCAUCCGACGUCUCGCCGCCGGACGCGUGCGCGCGCGCCGUCAGCGGCGGGGCUGCGGCCCCGCGGCGCCCGGGCGUGGCUCUCCCGGGGCUCAAGGGCAGCGCGGCGCCCCUGCCCUCGCCCCUUGGCGUUGCGGGGGCCAGGCAGAGCCGCUCGGCGCGGCGCGGCUGCGGGGCGCGGCGCGGCACGUCGAGCGAUGACGGGGGCGUCAGCGACGGCGGCGCGUGA